AUGGAAUCUGUCACCGGGUCCUCUUCUCUAUAUGUCAGAUCCGACACCCCCGAGGGAUCCCAGGACACGAUUCCAUCUUCUCCUCCUAUAUUCAAUGCUCCACAGAUACUUUCAUCUCCUCCUCGAACGAAGACUAAAAAGCCCCCUCCCGUCACGCCCAGAUCAUUCAAACGGUUCUUUACCCCACGCUCUGUGCUGGGGGCGCUCUCGAGUGGAGGGAACGACCGCCCCAAUCGCCACAUCCUGAAAGAUAUAUGCUCCCCUGCGUUGAACCGUCUCGGACCAGCAUUUUCCAGGAUAUCAGAUGGCACCCAAGACAACCCAGCUAAAUCUUCCCACUCACAAGAUGACUUAUUAACUCCCCGCAAAAAACGAAAAUUGUCCAUUUCUUCUUCAAGUUCUCCACUUCAAUCUUCGCCAUUGAGAAGAGUGCGAAUUGCGCCAUCUAUUCGUCAAAUUGAUAUAGACUCGAGUCCUCGUAGGCCAAAAGUUGAUGAAAUUGGGAUCGAAUCUGAGAUACAAUCGGAGGUGCUUAAAACCAAAACCAAACAACAUACCCUACCGCCAACACCUCUACGUCGAUCUCAUACGCUUCAAACCACCGGUCAAAUAUUUAUACGCAGCCUUUCGGGUAAUACACCGGGGACGCUGACACACCGAUAUGACUAUGGGAAUGCCUGGCGGGAUGAGGUGUCCGACUUCUAUAGCUUAGCUGACGACCUCCAUCAAUGCUCUUAUAGAGAUCAGAGGGGAGAACGUCUCACUCUACCGUUUUGCACUGUUUCUUGUCACACCAAUUCUCUGGUGGCGAUUGGAGACGAAGAAGGAGGAGUCCGACUAUUAGACUCAGCUAAGGACGUGAAACCGGGUUUUUCCAAAACCUAUCUAUCAUUUCAACCGCAUACAAACUCCAUUAUGGACCUAGAAUUCUCCUCUGAUGACAGACUUCUAGCUACUGCGUCGGGUGAUCAAACGUCACGGAUUAUCGAUAUGACUACUCAAACCCAAAUAUACUGCCUGUCGAAGCAUACUUCAUCUGUCAAACGCGUUCAAUUCCAGCCCGCUUCUAAUAACAAUGUUGUUGCAACGUGUAGUCGUGACGGCAGCGUUAAUAUUUGGGAUCUACGAUACAAAGCCUUUGAAAAGCCUGCAAUGCAGUUACGCUGUUCUCUUACAUCGGACGCGGAUGAUUCUGCAAGAGCGUCCACUAAAAUGAAGUAUCCCCAGGUAUCCAACAGCAUCUGGCCAGCGCAUGCGGAAAGGGCCCGGUCCAAAACUGGUUCGGAAGCAGAAGCCCUAGCACGUCGGGACGAUAUAUCCGUUACUUCUAUCGCAUUUCUACACCCUGGCCGUGAAAACCUCUUCGUAACCUGCGGCGAAUCAAAUGCUUGUGUGAGGUUGUGGGACCUGCGAACUACCUACUCUUUACGACGCAAAACACCUGUCCCCUUAGCCAUCACUAGACAACCAGAGAGCCACGAAAAAUACCGCCAAUUCGGACUGACAUCGAUGGCCUUCAGUGGUAAUGGGAGCAGGCUUUACACCCUAUGCCGGGAUGGCAGCGUUUACGCAUACUCCACCUCCCACCUGACUCUAGGGAGCUGUCCAGAAAUGACACCAUCCAGCUCAAGUUUCAAGCGCUUCCCAAGCGACGAGGCCAAACCGGGCCUAGGGCCCUUAUACGGCUUCCGCCAUCCGCACCUUCAAGUCGCCACAUUCUUUGUCAAAAUCGCCGUCCGCCGUGCAGUCAAUGACGAAAGUGAAAUGCUCGCAGUCGGCAGCAGUGAUAACUGCGCCAUCGUAUUUCCGACAGAUGAACGAUAUCUACCGUCGCCAUUCAUCACUGGUUCUUCUUCCCUUUCGUCCUCCACAGGUAUUGUUAAUAACUCUUCCAACCAAGCAUCUUCUCGGCCACUACACGGCCACAACCUACGUAGUUCCCAUUCCAGCAGUGUAGGCUUGUCGGGACGUCUGGAAGAUACCAUCCCGAUAUACAAGCAUGGCGCGGCGCUAGUUGAAGGGCAUAAGAAGGAAGUAUCUGGCGUUUCUUGGACGUAUGGUGGCGAGCUUAUCACCGUCAGCGAUGACUUACAUGCUCGAUGCUGGCGAAAAGGCCCUGCAGCGCGAGACCUCAGGAUCGGCGGGGAUGGUGAAGGGCGGAGAUGGCGUUGUGGAUGGGCGGAUGUGAAGGACUCAGGUGACGAUGAAGAUGAAUAGGGGGAGGGGCCCAUUAACGUAUCUGCUGGUACUGCUAUGUGCAUUAGGGAGUUCGUUUUGCGUGUAAUUUUUCCUCAAAUUUCAGAGCGAAGUUAUUAUAAGGCGUUUUUGCUAGCGAGAAUUGCCGUUUCUGUCGUCC